CAGAGCCAUCCAAGGAAGAAGACUUGAGUUAGUAAACAAUGAAGCAAAGUCGUUUAAGAUGGUGAGAUGAGUAAACAAGAGCACUUAUAGGGAAAAUUAGUGGUCUGCACCUGGUAAUACUCUGGUUUCCAACUUUUGGAAUUGCAUGGUUAUUGACAUUUAUCUUUAGUCGUCGGACUGAAAAGGUUGGAUCAGUCACUCACUUUUUGGACCAAAGAUCCAAGUUGCUUAGAUAAAAACAGCCUUCUACUGUUGGUCUAUAUGAUUGGAUCGAUGUUCACCCCAUGGCCGCUCAAAUUGGCUUUUGAUGGCCUAAGCAGCGACGGGAUGAUGAUGAACACGCGCAUUCUGUAAUGGUUGAAAAGAAAAAUGCAAGCAUCCAAUUUUGCAGGCCGGCCCAGAGGGGUUAAGACUUGAUUGUUAUUGUAUCCAAUUUUGCAAGCAAUAGAUAUAUGCAAUGAGCUAAAGCUGUACGCAACCUCAUGGAUCUAGACAAGCAAGAAGGUAGAAAGCGGUAAUUCUAAAGGCAUCUCGUGGAUCAUGACACCUCUUUUCUCUUCUGCCCCUCUGAUUCAAUUAACCACUCCUGUUCUAGUCAGUUGAGUUGAUAAGCAUGGCCUUUGAUAGCCAUGGCCAUUGCUAGACUUGGUGGCCAAGUAGGUGUGUUCAAGAUAGUUAGGCAAGCGAGCACCCAAAACACUAGGGCAAAUGGUGGAGGCUUUGACAAAGGUGAGAAGCCAGGGGGAAGCCAUCUAAUCGCCUACAACACGACAGAAUGAUGAGUUUUUGGACCAUCCUCUUGUGUGGGAUCUAGAUGUCUAGAUCCCAUCACAAAUCUACCACAGAAGAGACAGGUGUUGUUUCCUUGUAAGAACAGGAGGCCUCGUCAUGAAAAGAACUUCUCAAAGGCCCAGUAUGAUAGAAGUAUUCUAAACAGAGAAAUUCUACAUUAAAACCAUCAGUGGAAGCACAAAGGUGAAGUCAAGAACUCAUUGUUUCCCAAUUGGGAUAACGGGAAAGCCAUCUAAUUUAUGAACGAAAAGGAAGCCUUGUUUCGAAGUUAAGCUGCACAAAUUUCAAGGAGCAGCUGAAGCCAGUGGAUAGAUAGCCUGAAAUGGGCGACACUGAGCAAUGCUCCCAUAACCAAUGCAGAGUUCAUGACCCCCCUUGGCCUUGCCGACUUCUUCGAUCUUGUAGUUGUUGGCAGCUGGUGUCAUAGAGCCAAACCAUUUCCUGAUCAUUACCUCAAGGACAACACAUUUGUGUUUGAGGUUGGUGAUCUUUCUUGUUGGGCGAAGCUCAAGAGCAAGAGAGCAACGCCGAGAGGUCGCAGCAGAGCCUAUGACUUGCAAGAGCCACCCAAUCGAGAGCGGCGCCGGCGUCUGCGCCACCUGCCUCCGUGAACGUCUGAACUCCGUAGCCGCCGACACAGAGCAUUUAGAGGAGCCAGAUCCUAUCCCUUGCUCCGCCCCAUCCUCCGCCGCCGCUGGCCUGGCGCGGCUCUCCCUUCUCUCGGCCUUCUUCGGCCGCCUCGAUCACAACCACGGUCGCAGAGGAGACGGCGGAGAGGGGAAGACGCACAACUUUCGCAAGUCCACCUCCUGGCUCUCCUCCCUCCUGAACCGCCGCCGCCGGAAGAAAAAGCUCCCCGGUCCUGUCUCCGCCGACGCUGCCGCCGCCGUUGUGUCGGACCGGGGAAUGACGCCAGAAGACCAUUAUACGAGAUUCUCGAAUCCUCCGAUGUCACAUUUGAUGAGGGCAGUAGCGGGCUCCGACUUGGUGAUUUCGCCGGAAAGCGGGCGUCCCGACGACGAUUCUCCGCGGCCGCUUCCGUCCCAUACGAAGAGAACGAAGUCCGAAUCGUACCGGGGAAUGUCUCCACGAUGGGCGUCCGAAUCCUCCGCUCCUCCUUGGCUCAUGAAGCCGCUUCCGGCGAGGCGUUCAGCGACGGAGCGCCCCGGCGGCGAACUGGCUGGUUUCGCCCUCUGCUUCCGCCCGCUGGUAACUGCGAGCCCGGCUCGGCAGAAUUUUCAGAUAGCGGGGGUCGGAUUCUCCGGCGCCACGAUUAGAGUCUCGCCGCUCGGGCCGCCCCAGCGCCGCCGCGCGUCGACCGGGGGCGGAAUGCCCCGCCACUACGGUGCCAUUGAGUUCGAGUGAGUUACACGCUGGUCAACUUAUGUUAAAAUUUUUCAUUCCACCUCAAAAAGUUUUUCAAUUCCAAUAAGAGUCCUGUAACUUUUAUUUUCUGGCUUUUCCCUUCAUAAUGCUAUAAUUAAUC